AUGGACCUCAGAGGAAACAUCCCUCUUCUGCUGCCACUCCUCUUGGGCCUCUCCCCCGCUUACCUCGGCACGGACGUUGUGGGUCAAAAUGAGAUCCCGGUAAAUGAGACGCAUACGGCGCAUACUUUGCCAACUAUUCUGGAGUUGAACGAAGGAUCUCCAUAUGACCUGCUGGAAGGAGAUUUGCUGAUUCCCAAAACCAGGAAUGCCAUGAAGUGCGCUACUACAUAUAACUGUUUUUGGCCUAAGUCUCCAAAUGGGAAAGUAGAGGUCCCCUUCAUUCUAAGCACAUCAUAUGAUUCCAGUGAGAAGGAUUCGAUUCUAAAAGCGAUGGCGGACUUUCAUUCAAAAACCUGCAUUCGUUUCAUUCCACGUUGGAAACAAACUGUCUACCUCAGCAUUGAGCCAAGAUUUGGGUGCUUCUCCACUAUGGGUCGUAUUGGAGACAAGCAGGUGGUGUCACUCCAAAAGUUCGGCUGCAUCAGACAUGGCAUCAUCCAGCACGAGCUGCUGCAUGCGCUGGGUUUCUACCACGAGCACACUCGGCCCGACCGUGAUCAGUACGUCAGGAUCAACUGGGAAUAUGUCAGAGACUAUACAACCAUCAACUUCCAGAAGAAGGACAGCAAUAUUAUGAAUAUGCCAUAUGACUACGCCUCUGUAAUGCACUAUGAAAGAAGUGCCUUUUCCUCCGUGUAUGGAAAGGAAACCAUAACGCCCAUCCCUGACCCCACAGUUGCCAUUGGACAGAGAGAUGGCAUGUCUAAACUGGACAUUAUCAAAGUCAACACCAUCUACAAAUGCUGUAAUUCAUACUUCCACCUUUUCAGGAUUUCCUCAACCAGCACCCUACUCUCGCUACAGAUCUGUGACCAUUACUCCCGCCGGCGGCAGAACCAGAUGCUGCUGCAGACGGCGGACCUGGUGAAGCCACUGUGUGCACUGAAGGAACCGCACCAGCUGUCAGUCUCACCCGGUCCUGGCUUUGACCUUCCCAUCCUGAACUCCAUCAUAUCGCCGGAGAGCCUGGGCGAGGCUCCUGAGAAGCCGCCAAACACCGAGCAGCGCUUUAGCGGAGAGGUCAAGCCCAGGAAGAAAAGGAAGUGA